AGUCCAGAGCACAGCACUUGUCGAUGAACAGCGGCCCAGAGGGGACAAGAGGAGGCCGGUGGCAAACAAAGCAGGAACACCCAGCACCUUGGAUCUCUGCUCAUUCGAUCACUGGGACACGACUAGCUCCUCGGAGCUUGUGGUUCAGGUUCACCGUUGGUCAAGUGCUCCAGUAAAUCCAGAGAAGGAAGAUUUCAUCCUGGGACUCAAAAGAACUCCAAAGAGAAGAGAGGACUCUAGGAGACGGGGAAAGCAGACCAGGAGCAGAAAUGGUGGGCCACCAGCAAUGCACCUUGGAACAGGAUACCAGGGACCAUGGCACUUCCAGAUCCUGGCGCAAGACCCUGACUGCACCUGCCCCAUUUGCAGAUGAAACCAGCUGCCAAUGCCAAGCACCCCAUGAAAAACUGACCAUUGCUCAGGCCCGCUUAGGAACACCAGUUGACAGGCCUGUCAGAGUUUAUGCCGAUGGAAUAUUUGACCUCUUCCACUCAGGUCAUGCAAGGGCACUUAUGCAAGCAAAAACACUGUUUCCCAACAGCUACUUGUUGGUUGGAGUUUGCAGUGAUGACCUCACCCACAAAUUCAAAGGUUUCACUGUGAUGAACGAAGCAGAGAGAUAUGAAGCCCUCAGACACUGUCGCUAUGUGGACGAAGUCAUUAGAGAUGCUCCAUGGACCCUCACUCCAGAGUUUCUGGAAAAACACAAGAUUGACUUUGUGGCCCAUGAUGACAUUCCCUACUCUUCUGCCGGCUCUGACGAUGUUUACAAGCAUAUCAAAGAAGCCGGAAUGUUUGUUCCAACACAGAGAACGGAAGGCAUCUCAACAUCAGACAUUAUCACCAGAAUUGUCCGUGACUAUGAUGUUUAUGCCCGACGCAACCUCCAGAGAGGGUACACAGCCAAGGAACUAAAUGUCAGCUUUAUAAAUGAGAAGAAGUACCGCUUCCAAAACCAGGUAGACAAGAUGAAGGAAAAGGUCAAGAACGUGGAGGAAAGAUCAAAAGAAUUUGUCAACAGAGUAGAAGAAAAAAGUCAUGAUCUAAUUCAAAAGUGGGAAGAGAAAUCAAGGGAAUUCAUUGGCAACUUCCUGGAGCUGUUUGGGCCUGACGGUGCAUGGAAGCAGAUGUUCCAGGAGAGGAGUAGCCGGAUGCUGCAGGCCUUGUCCCCGAAGCAGAGCCCAGUGAAGAAGGAAGGCUUCCUUUCACAGACACCCAAGGUUAGUGAAUGCCCGUGCGGGGUGUGGGUUCCCUGCCCUCCCCAGCUCCCCCGGCUCACCACUUCUCCGUCAGCUGCCACACCCUCUCCCCAGGGCCCUGAAAUCAAACACUCACCCUUCCACCAGCUCAAAACACAGGAGAGCUCUAAUAUCGUAGCCACACCAAACGGCCCGCUUCUGGCAAGCCCGCCCCCAUGUGCCAGGACCUUAGAAAAGCAAAGGAAACCAACCUCAAGACGAGCGACCCUGAGACCUAAGAAUGCCUUCUGACCUGCUCUGCGGGCUUGGGAUCUUGCUCGUUGCCUCGGGCUGUAGUCACUGUGAGUCCAUCCCUGGAGGGAGGGACGGGAAGAGCGAGCGUGCGCCUGUGUUCUCUUCAGCUUCAGGACUUCCUUUAGCACCCAGGUGUACCCCAGGGAGACGAGUGAGUUGGCGGCUCAGACUCAGCUGAAUCAGAUGAGCCCGUUUGGAGCAGAGAUGUUCCUGUUCCUCAGGCAUCCAUUCAGCACUAGUCUUGGCCAUCAGACUUUUUAAAAACGAAUAAGUUCACGAGGCAUUUGCAACUUCUACUUCUCUCUAGAAUUGAGUUUUUUGUUGUGUCACUGCGAUGUGCACCGGGACAAAGCCAUAAGAAGAGCACACACUCUUAAGACUCUGCUGUACAUACAAGAAGACGGAGACUCAUCUGGGUUAAAGUACGACCUUACGCCCAAGCAUUUGCUCUGGUGCUGAAUAACGCGAACUACUGGAAUCAGCCCUCCACCCCUACCCCCUCGUCCCUCCCCGACCCACCCCCGC